AUGACUUUGGCGGCCGGUGUUCUGGAUCUGAAUAUUCUCCAUCUCAACAUUAUCUGCUCGGGAACCAUUCUCGUGGCCCUCAUUCUAUACAUUGGCUAUUGCAGACUCCGCCCACGACCUCUUCCAGGCAUUCCCUAUAAUGAGGAUGCAGCAAAACGAGUCUCUGGGGACUUGAAACCCAUGCGAGCGGCCAGAUAUCGCCGUCAAUGGAUAUGGAGUCAGCCCAAAGAGCACGGGGCUGUCAUAUCUCAGGUGUUCUUGUUUCCAUUUCGGAAGCCCACAGUUAUUGUAUCCGACUUUCGAGAGGUAAUAGACAUUUGCACCCGCCGCGUCAGGGAGUUUGAUCGAGGCACCCGUAACAGAGAAUGUGUCGGUAUAACUGCGCCAAAUUUUCACUUCAACUUGGAAUCCAGAGAUCCGGCGUUCAAACGCCACAGAGAACUCCUUCGGGAUUUAAUGACUCCCUCGUUUCUUGAACAGGUUGCCUGGCCGCGAGCAUAUGAGAAUUCUAGCAGUCUCAUAAAUCUCUGGAGUAUUAAGAAGUGCAAGGCGCAGGAAAAGCCAUUUUCCGCGAAUCAUGACUUGUAUCUAUUGACUCUGGACACGAUAUGCGGCGUCGCCUUUGGAAUCGACCUGCAUAUGUCUGCAAUUGGGCAAGAAAUCCGACACAUGGACAACUUUGCUUCUUUGUACUCAUGGGCUCCCGACAAAUCAGCGGAGUUUCCGACCGCAGCUACCGAUGACUAUGUAGAAUCGUUGCUGGACAUUCCCGAGAUGGUGGCCAUUGCGCAAAAGAGCCCGUUCCCUACAUUAUCUCAACGGCUGGCAUUGUUGAAUCCAAAGCACGCCAGGGCUCAUUGGAAUAGACGAGCCCUCGUUCGAAGACAGACUCAGCAAGCCGUGGCCAGAAUGACAGCGCUGGGCGACAAGUAUAUACCCAAAAGCGCCCUAGAUCAUUUACUCCAUAGAGAAAUGACCACAUCUUCAAAGAGUGGGAGAGCACCGGAUUUCUUUUCCCCUGUCAUUCGUGACGAACUUCUCGGAUUUCUAUUAGGGGGGCAUGACAGCACAGCUACGGUCCUGUCUUGGUGGACGAAGCACAUGCAACAUUACCAAGAGGUGCAGUCACGACUGAGGCAAGCUCUGCGAAAGGCUUAUCACAAGGCGGUGGAAGAGCAAAGGUGGCCAACUGCAGCCGAGAUAUCGUCCAUCUCGGUACCAUAUCUUGAUGCCGUUGUGGAAGAGUCACUGCGGGUCGCAUCUGUCGCCACACUUAUCAGUCGAACUGCCACAACUGAUACUCAAAUUCUUGGUCACCCGAUCCCAAAGGGCACAAGUAUUCUUCUGUCCUUGACUGGACCUUCCUUGACACAACCUGCUGUCCCAGUUCCAGAGUUCCAGAGAACCGAGUCUUGUCAGCAAGCCAAAGACCGUAUCCCGUCAUGGGAAGAUGACAUUGGGGAGUACAGACCAGAGCGGUGGCUCAAAUUUCAAAGCAGCGAGAAUGAAGAAGACGCCGAAGUGUUUGAUCCCCGUGCCGGGCCGAAUUUGGCGUUUUCGACCGGGCCCCGACAGUGCUUUGGCAAGAAGUUAGCCAUAUUGCAACUAAAAACAACUAUGGUGUUGUUGCUGUGGAACUUUGAGUUUCAACAGGUAGACCCAUCUCUGAGCGGGUGGGAUAUAACCGAGAGGCUCAUCAACUUGCCGACGCAUUGCUACGUAAAGUUGAGGAGCAUUGAGUGUUGA